AUUCCUCAAAGCAACAAUACCAAAUUUGAAUGGAUAACAAAAGUUGAGUAUGUUUAUCCAUUGAUAUGUGGAUUCGUACACAAAUAUUGAUAAUGAAAAUAAGAUAACCGAAAACAAGUCAUAGUAGAUAAGACCAAGUUAAUUACGAGAAAUAGAAGGUUUUACAUUUUGCCAUUUUUUGAUUGUAUGUUUGCGUAAAAUGACUACUAUCACCAAUAAGGAGUAUUAUAGUUUGAAUAUGAGUAUAGUUAAAGCUCUAAAUUCAACAGAAGCACCUUUAAAAAUGAAACAUGCGCGUUCAAUAAUUAUAACUACUCAUCUUUCAAAAGACGUUAGUUUACUGUGGAAGCUGCUUACACAACAGCCGCUUAUGGAGAAUCGUUUUAUUGCUUGGAAGUUUUGUCAUCUUGUGCAUAAAGUUUUACGUGAAGGUCAAGAGAACUGUAUUAAUCAUUUUCAAACUCAUAAAAAAUUUAUACUUGAAAUGGGAAAGCAUUGGGGAUAUCUUCAAGAUGGCGUUGGUGCUUGUAUUCAAGCAUACUCUCAGCUUUUAGUUGUGAAAUUGGAUUUUCACCAUAAAAAUUCUUUAUUACCUGGAUCAUUAUUAAUCAAUUUUAGUAAAAUUGAAAACUUUGCCUGUAGUGAUAUCAAUAUAUAUUUUCAACUAUGCGUUGAAAUAUUUGAUUAUCUUGAUGAAAUUAUCAAUGUCCAGUCAAAAAUUUUUUUUUCAAUAAAUUCAUAUCGCAUGUCUUCCAUGUCUCCACAAGGUCAGUGUAGAUUGGCACCAUUAAUAACUUUAAUUCAAGAUUCAAAUCCAUUAUAUGACAUAAGCGUUCGCAUUAUGUUUAAGUUACACAAUGAGCUGCCUAAUGACAUCUUAAUUGGUCAUCGCGAUCGCUUUAGAGACUUAUUCUUUAAAAUUAAGAUGUUUUAUGAUAAUGUGCGACCUCUUCAGUAUUUUGCGGACUUAUUACAAGUACCAAUAUUGCCAGAAGUAGCACCGAAUUUUUCUUCGAAAAUUGAUUUCGGCAGUUAUGUCCCACCAACAGUUUUUUGUCAACCGGAUGAAGAACCAGAUAACCUUAUAGAUCCAUCUAUUCUUGAAGAGCCAAUAAUUAAGGAUACUGUGGUAGAGGAAAGUAACGAUAUUAUGAAAUUGACUUAUUUGCUAGAACAAAAGCAGAUAGUUAUACAACAGAUAGAAGAUGAAAUAAAUACGUUAAAAAGUGAUUCAAUUCACAGAGAACAAAUGCUAACAAAUGAAAUCGCAUUUCUGCAGAAGGAAAUAAAAAAACUGAAACAAGAAAAAAAUGAAGAAUUAGCAAAAAAUAUGAUGGAGACACAGCAUAAAGAUGAAAAUCAAAGCAAAAGCUCAUUGGAUAUUUCAAAAAACAACGAUAUGGAGGGAAAUGGAAGAAAAAUUGUUUCGUGUUUACCAAAAACGUCUCUGCAAUGGCAAAACGGAAAGAAAUUGUAUUUACAUAUUGCAAAUUGCAAUUAUUUAACGAAUUAUAUGAUGAAUUAG